AUGUCCAUCUUGCCUCCUCCGCAAAUUCAAGGUCACAAUUCGUCUUCUUCUCCUUCAAAUUCGUCUCUAAACCCUAGCUCUGAGCAUGGCAACAACUCUUCUGUGUCUCCUCUUUCCACCUCUCCUUCCUCCGGAAUUGGAUCUCUCAGCCUCGCCGCACCUUCUUUCACCACUGCUGAUUCUUCCGGCGGCUCUCGGGUACCGAUUGCUGCAGCUGAGGAGGGACAUAGCCGUGGAUCUUCCAAAGAUAUGACGGAAACUGGAUCAGGGAAGGAGAGUUUUUCCCCACCUAGUGCAGAUAAACGUGACCAUUUUCGACACGAUGGUCGAAGGAAUAGGUCGAGAGGGAGAAAUACUGGAGCUGCUGGUUCUUCUUCUCAGUUGCAGCAUAACACCGGACAACCUUUUAAUCCUCCUAGAGGCGGCGCUUCGCAUCACAAUACAUCCGGUAGAAGAGCUAAUAUGAUCAGCGGGAACCAUUUGCUGAACUUUCAGUAUGAUCCGAUCUCUCCCCCACAAUCUAGGGGUCCUCCUCCACCUCAAAGGAGGCAAACGACGAGGAGGCCUUAUAACAAGGAUUUGUUUCUUCAGGCCAAUUACAAGUUCGUUGUGUUGGACACUGGAGAUCAUUCCCCUGAUUCUAUGGAUCCUGAUAAGACGCUCCAGUGGGAGAAUAUCAUCUGUGUGAGGUAUGCAACGCCGUCUCCUGUGCAGUGUCCGGUUUGCUUGGAGUAUCCUCUGUGUCCGCAGAUAACUUCCUGUGGGCAUAUUUUCUGCUUCCCGUGUAUUCUACAGUACCUGUUGAUUGGCGUGGAUAAUCACAAGGCAGAGUGCGUCAAGAGGUGUCCUUUGUGCUUUGUGAUGAUCUCUCCGAAGGAGCUGUACACUGUUUACAUUGAGAGCGUGAAGCAGUACUCUGUUGGAGAUCCCAUCGAGUUUGUACUUUUGACUCGCAAGAAAGGUUCUUUUGCUCCAACCCGGAAAAACGAGUACGACUCGGCCGUUCCUGAUCCCUUCUCAAAGUUCACUUUCACCCAAGAUGUUGAUCUCUCUGUUAGACAAGCAGUUUCAGAGUUAGACGGUUGGAUUGCAAGAGCAGAUCCUGGGCUCGUCGAGGACUUGGAGAAGCACUUAUAUGUAAAUGCUGCUUUGGAGCGUUUGGAGCAGAGAAAACUGUACUGGAAUGAGCACAGGCUUUAUAAUUACAAAAAUUCAAGCACAACGGCUAGAAAUCAGAUACCAUCAGCCUCGCCUCCUGAUGUUUCUCUAAUUGGUUAUCAAGCACCAAGCUGGGUGAGUGGAGCAACUACCAGCAGCUCAAACAAUCAAGAUAAUAAUAAAUCGAUUGAAGAAUCUUCAGUGGAUAAGUCAGAUGAGGAAUCUCAAUCUAGUUUGGAAAAGAGUUUUGAUAAUGGCCACUCUCUAGAAGACCAGGAAGCACCGUCGUCUUCCUCGCAGAGUGGGAGUAAAGGGCCAGUGUUGCACCAAAAUGACCCCAAAGACCUGAAGGACAACGAAUCGUAUAACUUUUAUCAGUCCGCUGAUGGGCAGCACAUUAUCCUUCACACUUUAAAUGUGAAAUGCCUUCUACACCACUAUGGCAGCUAUGACUUUGUUCCACCAAGAGUGAGUGGGAAGAUACUGGAGAUGGAGACUGUAACACAGUCAGAAGCAAUAAGGAGACGCUACCGCUUCUUGAAUCAUUUUUCUCUUACAACUACAUUUCAGAUGUGUGAGAUUGAUAUGAGGGAAUCAUUGCCUCCUGACGCGUUUGCUCCAUUUAUGGAUGAAAUCAAGAAGCGUGAAAAGCAGAGGAAAGCACGUGCGAGGAAGGAUCAAAAAAAUAAGAUAAAAGCUGAAGUAGCUGCAGCUGCAGAGCUUGUACCAUUGAUGGCCAGUUUUGGAGAGUCCUCUCGUGAUGACUUUCCUCCGUUUUCCUUGGGUGACUUUGAAGCCCUUGGAAACUCUGCCCCAACAUCAUCAAGCCCUCCGAAUAUCGGAGAGAGAAGUUCCUUCUCACACGUGACAAGGCUUGGUUUCGCAGCUGGCCAUGACUCCCCCAACCUGAAUAACGAACCGACAAGCGUUCAAAGCAGCAGCAGCAGCAGCAGUGAAGUCACAAACGCAACCACAGGUGCAGGAAACACAAACGUAACAUCAUCAUUCGCUAGUGUAACAUCAAGAACACCAAGCGCACCAGUAACAAUCAAAGAGCCUGGAAAGAGAGGGAAGAAAUCGAGCCGAGUGCUUCUAUCGACAACCAGUGUACGCCGCUACUGA